AUGAAUCGUAACGACAUGAUGGACGAUCUGUUAAUUGCGAGCGAGCAUGCAGCAUUACCGCCUGUUGUUGCUGAUUCUACUACAAGUGAUUUUGCUGAGGACACCACUUUAUCAUCUGCUGUUCCUAUAGGCAUUGAAAAUCCUGCCGAGAUCAAAAUCGAAGACACUGUGGACAUUGAAAUGGAAGAAGCUACCCCUAUUGAUAGCAAGAGUGACGUUGAUAAAAUCAAGGUGGAGUCAACCGUAGACCUUCCAGUUGCCGUGAAAAUGGAAGAACCAUCAGAUGGAAUGGAAGUUAUCCCUGAUACGACAAAUAACACUACAAUGCCAGAUAAAGCAGUGGAGCCAACUUUAACUGUAAAAGUAGAAGACAUUAAAUCAGAUGCUGCCCUUGAUGCUGCUCUUGCUGGCGAGAAAGUAGAUGGAUAUGAAAGCAGUGAUCUCGAGCUUUCUUCAGACGAUGAAGAGAACAAAGACAAUAAUUCCAGCAGCAGUGAUAGUAGUAGUACGGAUGAUGAUAGCGACGACGAGGGUGAUCAGCAAAGCGCAGCGGAAGAACCGAUAGAUAUUUCAGAUGACGAAGGUAACAACCCUACUGAAGUAAUCAAGACAGCUCACGAGAUUAUCAAUAUUAAAAUUGAGAAACCCAAAUUCGAAAUCACUCCUCAAAUGGAAAUCAUCUUUGCUGGACGCGUUUUUCAAAUGAUUGAUACUGUCAUUGUGGUGCAAAGCCGUCCUCAUAGUGAACAUACCACUCUAGAUCAAGGCUCUUUGCUUGUUUAUGAGGAUAGGACCAUUCUGGGUGAAAUAUUUGAAACCUUCGGCCCUGUUAAACGUCCCUUUUAUUCGAUUCGUUUCAACUCUGCUGAAGAACGAGAACAGGAACCAUGUAAACGUGAUGACCCUAUCUAUUAUGUGCCCAGUUAUGAACAUACACGUGUGGUUGAAUUAGAGAAAUUAAAACAACUCAAGGGAUCUGACGCUAGUAACAUGUUUGAUGAAGAAGUUGAUGAAAAUGAAAUGGAGUUCUCAGAUGAUGAAAAGGAAAGACAAUUCAAAGCGAUGAAGAAGAAAAAGAAUAAAAAGAAAAAAGCAAGCACUACACCCAAAAUACAGCAUUUUGACCAUGAUCAUAGAAGUGUAGGCAGGAAUUACGAAGAUCAAUUUCCUGCAGAACAGUUUCCUGCACGACAGCAGAGAAGUUAUGCUGAUCUAUUGGAUGAAUAUGAUACUAUUUCGACUGAACAAGAACAGCGACAGAAACGAUAUCAGCCGCAGCCGCAGCCGCAGCCGCAGCCGCCGCAACCAUAUACUUUACCAAUUAAUCCACAUCAGCAUUUACAACAACAACAGCAACUACUACAACAACAACAACAGCUACAACAGCAACAACAGCAGCAAUAUCAAAGAACGAGCGAGCAAUUGAAGAGCGCUGAGGAUAUUUUAUCUGCCUUAUUUGGACCAAAGAAUCCUACCGCAAACAGCAGUACCCCUGGUAAGAAAAUGAAUACACCUACUGCCCCUUCAAAUACAUCAAUGAACACACCAGUAUCAUCGGUGGUGGUUAAAACAGAAUCAAGCACAUCGUCUGUUAUGCCUGCAACUGCACCUGCAGCAGCAUCAAGCCCGCUACAACCCGCGGGAACCUUACACUCGACGUCGCAGCCAUCAAACCCAUCAUUAUCACAACUGAAGUCUACGGAAACCAGUACUGACACUGCUACUGCUACUGCUACAACGACAACACUAGCAGAUGCGGUCACGACAGCAUCAUCUGUGACAACAACAAUAAAGACUGAAGACACAGGUACCACUGCUGCUAUUUCAACCAAUGCCGAUGCACAAAAACCCUCUACUUCUGCGCCGAAAAAGCUAAAAGGGAAGCUUAUACGACCACCCUUUAUUGAAGAAAUUCAAGCUGCACAAGCAAAGGCAAUAGAGCUUGGUGUAGAUCCCAAGAAAAUUUACAACCAUGAAUUUCUUCCACAAUGUUAUGAGCCGCCUUCUAUGUAG